AUGGAGCUGUAUUUUCAAUAUAAUUGUUCCUGUAGCAAUGAAAAAAAGUUAAACGUUAACAAAAUGCACGAUUCUUACCACCAAAGCCGAUUGAAGGAAAGUUCAAGUUGUAUCAUUGAUCGAUCCUGGGAUGAAACUGACAUUGAAAUCCUCUCAACGAUGACGUUUUUCCUCCAUAAAUUGAAAAAGUCGACGGAUAUAUCUGAGUGCACUAGUACCAAGACAGCUAAUAAUACUGGACAUACUUUACCCAUCAACGAAGCAAAUUUUUCAAUCCUAAAAAGUGUUGAUGAGCGAUCAGCUUUAAAAAACUACUGCAUUUGCGAUCAAAUAGCUCAAAACUUAACUAUCAUACUUGAUGCGGGAUUGGCGGAACUGAACACGGAGCCGAUAGAUGAAGAAUCCUUGCUCGAGAAAGUGCUUCUCUUAAAGCCAUACGUUUUUAAAUUCGAGCAUAACAUUUCGUUGCGGAAUUUUUUCAUUCGAUCAUGGAAACAAGCCAUUCGUUUUUAUCUCCCUAGACUGAUCAAUGAGCUUUCUCAGGUAUAUCCUCAAUUUUUGCAUUCUACCAUGAGAGCACUAAUGCAACUCGACUAUUUAGAUUAUUCAACGCUUAAGAACAUGAGUGAAUUUCGAUUUAUUUCACGAUGUCUCACUGUAAGCGGAUCUUUUUAUGUGAUUCUCACCUAUCUUGCAGAGCAGGAUCGAAAACGAACCCAACCGUUGGUUACAGCUUGUGUUCGAUUUUCCAAGGAAGAGCUCUCUAAUAAGGAAUAUUAUGAACUAUUUCCCUUGAGACUCCGACCUUUCAUUAUCAUAAUGAGUGAGAUCAUCAAUCCUCAAGAUCCGGAUGCGAAUUCGAUACUGGCAGUAUAA